UCUAUCAACUACACAUCAAUUCAGGUUUUCUCUUUAUAUGCCAUGUAGACAGAACGCUGUGACACAUUUUAGCUGGCAUGCUGAAGUAAAACGGGAAUAAAUAUUUCAGCUAACCUGAUACAUGAUAAUACUAUUCCGGAAAGUCAACUGACCCAUGGGAUGCCAUCUUCUUCGAGGACAGAGGAAGAGAGUAACUUGUCAAACAUGGAUAAUAACACAUUUAGAAGACCACAGGAAACACUAGGCCAAGCAGUCAAAGAAGUGGAAUCUACUGUGCAAGUUGUAAGAAACCAAGGGGUGGGAGAAGCACCAGAUUUGGAACCACAUAUUUUAUUACUACAAAAGUACCUUGGUCAACAAGUGGCUGAACAUUUCCUCAAUCCGUCCUAUGACUUGCCGAUAAGUCCUGUACACCCUAUGCUACAUGAGAAAGUAGGGCUAAGCGCUAAGGAUUACUGGCGGCUCCUCAGACAGCACUCUGAAGCACGGCUGAUGAAGCACAUUACAAAUGUACCAAGAGCAAUGAUGAGCUCAAGCUUUACCCAGCUGGUACCUUCAAAAUGUAUAGCUCGGAUCCAAGAUUUUCGAAAAACAUUGGCACUGAUGUGCAGAGCAUCAGAGCUGAAUCAGGACAAAGCCAUACUUAUCAUGACUAACAGCCAACUCCCUGACCAGGACGCAUGGCAAGAGAAGGGCUCACCGAUGCAGUACCUAAGCGAAGGCGUCUUACAAACCAAAGAAAGUAUUAUAUGUAUUCCAUUUAAAUUACGAGAGCCUGGGAAUCCCUUCCAGUUGCCGCCUCUGAAGUCCACAACAGUGGCAGCUGCAAAAAAGAACUACAGGUUCCUAACUGAAGAAACAUGUAACAAAUUUAAAGGGGAAUUUUCUAAGCGCUGUAGUGAAAGAAGAGAGAAAAACCAUAGACUAGAUUGGAAAUACACCAUCAAUCCAACAACAUGUAUCCACUUACCUAGUGUAACUGCAGAUAAAAAUGAAACCUCUAGCAGAUCCAUGCCAGGACACACAGGAAGAAAUCUCACUUUGGAGCCCCUAACCUACAGAGCAUUGAUGGAUUACAGACCUUCUAGAACAGAGCCUGGAAAAGUCCAACCAAUUACCACCACUAUUAAUGAGCCCUUCAAAUGAGCAGGAAGGCCCAGUAACAAGCUUGCAAUUCAAAGCAUAAGAUAACAAUGCAGAAUAGUUAAAAGUUAAUUGUUACAAAAUAAUAUGGGACAAUUCUACAGGCACCUGGGAGAGCCUGAGAGGAUCAGACAACACAACCAGGAUUGAUAUGGGAAGUAUCAUCCCACUGCCCUCCUGUCCAGUCUUGGAGUUGCAUACGACCCUGGAUUUAAUGAUUACAUCACAAAAAUACCAGGGAUCAUAAAGAAUACACCAACGUUAACGUUUCGGGGCACACACACCCCUUCUAUAUGUGUAACCUGUGUGUGUAAUAUAUAUAUAUAUAUAUAUAUAUAUAUAUAUAUAUAUAUAUAUAUAUACAUACAUACAUACAUACAUACAUACAUACAUACAUACAUACAUACAUACAUACACACAAACAAACAACAAUAACCCAAACUCGCGCUAUAUAGGAUUUGGCAGCACCUCAUAGGAAAGUCUCCCUGCUAGUGGGAGAUAAACAAAGAUAAUGGAUAAAAGUAUUCAGAGGGCGCACUGUGACUUCAACUCCAGAUAUUGGAAACCAGCAUGAACCGAAUAGCAAUAUUUUUUUAAUCAAAACAUUAAAAACAUUAAAAUCAUACAGAAGUAUAAUAGUUCAUAAGCACAUUAUUCAUUUGUACAUAUGUAACACUUCAUAAAUACUUUCAUAAACCCAACGGGUUUCGUCCUAUAAGGACUUCAUCAGGGGUACAGUUCGUAGCUGGUCAUGGAGGAAAGAGGAAGAAGGAGAGUAAAGAGCAAGAAAAGAAGAAUAUCAAUUGAUGUCAUAAAAUGCAUUUCAAUUUCAACAUUCUUUUUCCUUAACAAAGUACCUAAUAUUUGUUCAAAAUAUAUAUUCACUCAACUAAUAAUCAAGAGUAGAUAAUUAAUACAUACAGAGUAUCAUCAGACAAUGAGAAGAGAGAGAAAUAUUCUCAACAGACACAAUUUUAGGUAAUGACUACUUACUAUGGGUACUGUUUCGGGUGGGUCCCGUGUAACCAUAAAGUUUAUUAUAAGUGAUAACCGUAUUCCACUGUUAAUAAAAGGUAUUUGAUGUGUGGUACUCUAAAGAGAAUAAAG